GACAGCUGUUGUCUUUGCUCGAUGACGGAAAUUUCGACUGUCACGUGCGUGUGUGUGUGAGUGCGUGUGUUGUGUUUUGAUUUGAAGAAGAGCAAAGCAGAAAAUAGCUGGAAAAACACGAAUCUAUUUAGAGCCCAUACAAAGUAUAAUUUUAUUUUCUCCAACAACAAAAAAAAAAAACUCCUAUCUCCAACCACAAGAACACUGCCAACACUGCCCGGAAAGAGUUAGCGACGGUCAAGGUCGCGCAAGAAACAUAAAGUCCAUCAGAAACGACGAUCCCAAGGCUAACGAUCGCCAAUCAAAUAUCGGCGCAGUGUUACUGUGAGCUGCUGUAGAAUCUUAUGCGAAAACACUUUAUUUAAAACCACACAAAAAAAAUGGUUUGCGUACCAUGCUUUAUCGUACCGGUGCUACUCUACCUCUGGCAUAAGUUCGUCCAGCCCAUUCUGCUCAAAUACUGGAACCCCUGGGAGAAGAAGGACAAGGAUGGGAACGUAAUCAAGACCAAGCCGAAAAAUCCGUUCGAUUGUAGCGGUGGAGUUUGCCGAUUUGCGGGCAAAAAAUCGGUAGAAACGAACACCUUUGAUCCACUACCUGCGGAACCUACCGACGGAAGUCCCGGUGGGUCGAUCGAGGUGAACAAGAAGGUGGAUUGAGGAAUGCUGGAUGUGUGGUGGGGUUGGGACAUCGGGUAAUCGGACCUUAUCGUUAUCGCUUGAGACCUAAACAAUAAACGCUUUCUUUGCUAGAGAAGUAUCCCAAAACAAACAGUUGUCGGAUGUGGAGA